UGAAGCGGUUCCUGCUGGCAGGCACCGUGUGCCAGCAGCUGCCAUUCGGGAAUGGCUGUCAGCCAUGGCACCGCUUGGCACAUGUUACCUUCGACCAUCCUGUGUUGCCAACAAGGAGCCAAGUGUCCAGACUGCAGCCUGACGCUCACCUGGCUUAAUUUACACCCUUUUCGCCUGGGGUCAGUCCUUCAGCAGCUGGAGCUGCAGCCUCCGGAGUGUCUGGUCAGUGAGCAGCUGCCCCAGUGCUUCCUGCACACACUGGGAGGAUUCCCUGGAUCUGAGCUUCCUCAGCAGUGGAGGAAACUACCAGAGGAGUUUUAACUCCAUUUGCUGUAGCUGAUUUCUUCUCUGGGAAACCAGUGCCCUGUGGAAGCUUCACAGCAGCUGAAGACCUUGCUGAGGCCGCCCAGAGCUGACACCUCCAUACCUGUGGUUCUGGAGCCCCCAGCGUAAGAAGGAUGUGGAACUGCUGAAGCAAGUCCAGAGGAGGGCCAUGAAGUCGGGAUGGAUCUGGCAGUGGCGGCGGCCGGCGCCGGGGGAGCGGCGCAGCAGCACCAGCAGCUCCGCGAUGAGGUUGCCGAGAAGUGCCAGAAGUUAUUCCUGGACUUCCUAGAGGAGUUCCAGAACAGCGAUGGGGAGGUGAAGUACCUGCGUGAUGCUGAAGAGCUGAUCCGGCCAGAGCGGAACACGCUGAUCGUCAGCUUUGCAGAUUUGGAGCAGUUCAACCAGCAGCUGUCCACCACUAUCCAGGAGGAAUUUUACAGGGUUUAUCCUUACCUCUGUCGAGCAACAAAGACUUUUGCCAGAGACCAUGGAAAUGUUCCUUCAAACAAGGACUUUUAUGUUGCAUUCCAAGACCUGCCUACCCGACACAAAAUUCGGGAGAUGACCUCGGCAAAGAUCGGCUCCCUGAUGCGCAUCAGUGGGCAGGUGGUUCGGACCCACCCGGUGCACCCGGAGCUGGUGAGUGGGACCUUCCUGUGCCUCGACUGCCAGACAGUCAUCAAAGAUGUGGAACAGCAGUUCAAAUACACACAGCCCAGCAUCUGCAGGAACCCAGUCUGUGCCAACAGAAGGAGGUUCCUGCUGGACACGAACAAAUCAAGAUUUGUUGAUUUCCAAAAGGUCCGCAUCCAGGAGACGCAGGGGGAGCUGCCGCGGGGCAGCAUUCCCCGGAGCGUGGAGGUGAUCCUGCGCGCGGAGGCCGUGGAGUCGGCCCAGGCAGGUGACAAGUGUGACUUCACCGGCUCACUCAUCGUCGUGCCUGAUGUGUCCCAGCUCUCCACACCAGGGCUGCGCGCGGAAACCGGCUCCCGGCUGACGGGGACAGAGGGAUAUGAAACCGAAGGCGUCCGAGGGCUGCGCGCCCUGGGAGUCCGGGAGCUCUCCUAUAAACUGGUCUUUCUGGCUUGUUAUGUUGCACCAACAAAUCCACGGUUCGGUGGAAAAGAGCUCAGAGAUGAAGAACAGACUGCAGAGAGCAUUAAAAACCAGAUGUCUGUGAAAGAGUGGGAGAAGGUUUUUGAGAUGAGCCAAGAUAAGAACCUUUACCAUAAUCUGUGCACCAGCCUCUUCCCCACUAUCCAUGGUAACGAUGAAGUGAAACGUGGGGUCCUGCUGAUGCUUUUUGGAGGAGUUCCUAAAACCACAUCAGAAGGCACUUCGCUGCGUGGGGACAUCAAUGUUUGUGUUGUUGGUGAUCCAAGUACAGCCAAGAGUCAAUUUCUAAAGCAUGUGGAUGAGUUCAGUCCCCGUGCCGUUUACACCAGUGGCAAAGCCUCCAGCGCCGCGGGUCUGACGGCGGCUGUUGUGAAGGAUGAGGAGUCCCAUGAGUUUGUCAUCGAAGCUGGAGCCCUGAUGCUGGCGGACAACGGGGUUUGCUGCAUUGAUGAGUUCGACAAGAUGGACGUGCGGGAUCAGGUGGCCAUCCAUGAGGCAAUGGAGCAGCAGACAAUAUCCAUCACCAAAGCAGGAGUGAAGGCCACCCUGAAUGCCAGGACUUCCAUUCUGGCUGCAGCAAACCCGGUUGGUGGGCGCUACGACAGAUCCAAGUCCCUGAAACAGAAUAUAAACCUCUCAGCUCCCAUCAUGUCUCGCUUUGAUCUCUUCUUCAUCCUCGUGGAUGAAUGUAAUGAGGUUACGGAUUACGCCAUUGCCCGGCGCAUCGUGGAUCUGCAUUCCAGAGUGGAAGAGUCCGUGGAUCGUGUCUAUUCCUUGGAUGAUAUCAGAAGGUAUCUGCUGUUUGCCAGGCAGUUCAAACCAAAGAUAUCCAAGGAGUCUGAGGACUUCAUAGUGGAGCAGUACAAGCGGCUGCGGCAGCGCGACGGCGCCGGGGUGACCAAGUCAUCCUGGAGGAUCACGGUGCGGCAGCUGGAGAGCAUGAUCCGGCUCUCCGAGGCCAUGGCCCGCAUGCACUGCUGUGACGAGGUUCACCCAAAACAUGUGAAGGAAGCUUUCAGGCUUUUAAAUAAGUCCAUCAUUAGAGUUGAGACUCCCGAUGUCAAUUUAGACCAAGAUGAUGAGCAACAAGUGGAGGAUCAAGAGGACCAAGAUGGGGUCAAUGGUGAGGCAGAAGCUCCAGCUGGGGUCAAUGGCCUUGUGAAUGGGGUCAAUGGCCAUCCUGAGGAUGGGAACAAGGAUGCUGCACCCAAAGCUUCUCUUAGACUGGGCUUCUCCGAGUACAGACGGAUUUCCAAUCUCCUGGUGCUGCACCUCAGGAAAGCAGAGGAAGAAGAGGACGAUUCAUCAUUAAAGAAAAGUGAACUUAUUAAUUGGUAUCUAAAGGAAAUUGAAUCUGAAAUUGAUUCUGAAGAAGAACUAAUAAAUAAAAAGAAGAUCAUAGAGAGAGUCAUUCAUCGACUCACACAUUAUGACCACAUUCUGAUAGAACUGUCCCAGUCUGGACUGAGAGGAUCCAAAGAAGAGGAGACUUUUGAUGAAGAUCCAUACCUGGUUGUCAACCCAAACUAUCUGCUGGAAGACUGAGGGCUGGGAGCUGCAUUGGAGAGCUGACUGGUUACAAGUUGGAAAAUGCAUUCUUUUCUUGCAGGGGUUACUGUACAGCAAACUCCUUAAAUUCCCAUGGAUGUGCCAGUGUGUGGUCGGUAAUAUGGGAUUGCUCAUUCACACUGAGCAUACCUGGAAAGUUUUUAAAUUUAUAUAUUAGUUUCAUUAUUAAUUCUCAAUUUUAGUGCCAUCAUCUGGAUGAAGAAGAGAAUCACCCAGUGGCUUUUUUUAUCAUCAAGCUAUUUAGGUGCUUCUGUUUUAAAUGAGAGGAAUUUUGCAUUUAGUAGAUUUUCUUAUGGUAUAUGUUUUUAUUGUUUUUCUUAUUCACAUAAAUAAAAGCUCAUCCACUGGGAGUGGAUUGCUGUUACUCACAUGUGGGAUUGCUGUUUUUCUAUGCCUGUGCUUUGAGGCUGAACAAGUAGCGAUCUAAAUGUUUAAUGUCUUAAGAAAGAUUAAAUUUCCUGGAUGACAGAUGCUGCUUUUUAAGAAGUUUUUUUUAACUUCCAGUAAUGGAUAGUGAGAAACUGAUUGCUUCUCUUUCUUUUUAGAUGGACUAAAGAUGUGCAUAUGUAAAGUAGAAAAUUGAAAAUAGCCAAGCCCAAUGCAAGGUUUUAAGUCAGGAGGGCAGAAACCCCCAUCUUAAAUGUCUUGACCUGUAAGUUGAAAACUGCCACCAUUUGUGAGGGAUUUUUAAGACUAUAUUUGUAAACCUGGUUUUAGGUGUUUUUAUAAGAAAACUUCACUUAAAUUUCUGCUGUUCUCGGUUUUUUAAUGUAAGCUAUGGGAUUAUUAUAAAAUCUAUUAAGAAUUAAAAAUACCUGAAUAUUUGUCUUGUCAACUUGAUACCAGCAGCUAAGAAAAUUUGUAAUAGCAUGAAAGAAACUAAAGCUAUAUAUUUUAAUUAGAAAUAGUGUGAAAUAACUGUCUCUGAAGCAGAUUUAGAAAUGGAGGUGGUCUGUAAGGCAGUCAUGUUUUUCCUUUUAGUCUCUCCCAACUCUGAGGAGAUAUGCCUUGGUCUAACUAAGCAUGUCAUUAAAGAUAACAGUUGUAUUUAAGGAAUGGAGGGUAUCAUAAAUAUUUGUCACCACCAACAACACUGUCACAUCACUGGGCCCUGACUCCAACUGCAGGAAUUUCUCUCCACUGAUUUCUUUCAUAAACCACGUUUAGACAAAUGCUACAUUUCAUUCAGCAUUGCCACCCCCCUGCAACAACAGUUUCAUGUUAUUCUAUAUUGUUCCUUUACUUUCAAAUUAAGGUCAGGAAGAUGUCUGUCACUGUUAUGUGUUUCCCUCUCCCCUCCUCUCAGCCUUUGUUUGCUAAUAAAUAUUGUUCAUGUAGGAGAAAGUAUUUUUUCUGCUUCUCUUUCCCCAGUUCUGUAGCCUGGGAAGGGUGUUCUCUCUCUGAGUUCUGAGGAAUAAGCACCAGGUGGUGCUGUAAAGUUGCUGUUCAAACUGGUUAUUCAAACACUGAGGUGGAGGGAAGAAGGUUGGUGGCUCUUCAGAACAGUAAGCACGAGGUUACAGCUCUUCGGGGCUUCCUGGGGAAAAAAUGAUCUGGGAAUCAAACAGAGUCAAAGUACAGAAAUUACAAUCCCUGUGUAAGACUGGCUAUUUGAGUAACAGCAAAUGUUGAGAGAUAUUUUAUGUUAUAACUUAAAGAAAAAAUUGCUUGACACAGCAAUAACUUGCCCAGGUAUGUUUUAGAGAAAAUGCUGAUCGUUAAAGAAAAAUAAGUCUCAUGUGGAUCUGACAUUUCAAUAUAAAUAUGUAGAAUUUUGUGGUUAGUUGAUUUAGACAUGUUCUGUAUUUAGGCAGUAAAUGUUCUGAGCUCUUCAGUAUUUGAAUGUAGCAAGGCUGAGUUACCUUUUCCCUGCAGCAGUUCAGGUGAUCUGAGUGUGCCCACCCUGCUGGGAGAGCCUGUGUUUUUGGGGGUUAAGCAAUAAAAUGACAUUCGAAUUCCUGGA